GAGUUAAAAUUAACUGCCUGGCAGUCUACAAGGAUGGAGCCUGCACAAGAGCCACAGGAGCUGGGACCUCAGGCAGAAAUGACUGCAGACACAAUUCUUGAGGUUGGAGAGAGACUCUUCCAGGUCAGCCGUAGGGUGCUUUCAGUGCACAGUCGAUAUUUUGAAGCCAUGUUUUUUGGAGGAGCAAGAGAGAGCUCUGAACAGCACAUAGUGAUCAAAGGGAUCGAUGCAGUGCCAUUUCAGGCACUACUUGAGUUCACUCGCACAGCCCAAGUGCUCAUAGGUCAAGAAAAUGUGACCAGCUUACUGGAAACAGCUGAUUUUUUUCAGUUUGACAGGGUGAAAAUGCUGUGUGAGAAAUUUCUGGAGAGAGAACUGCAUGUUUCAAACUGCCUGGGCCUGAUGACCUACUCACAGCAAUUUGCCUUUACAGAGUUGUAUGUGUCUGCUAUGAAUGUGGCUCUCACUCACUGGGGGGAUGUGAUAUGCCAGGAAGAAUUUAAGGCAUUACCCAAGGAAAUGCUGGUGCAACUCCUGAAGAGUGAUGACCUCUUCAUUUCAAGAGAGGAUGUGGUUUUUGACAGUAUUAUGAUUUGGAUAAUGGAGGACCCAGCAACAAGAGAGGAAGAAUUUCUGGAUUUGGUGGGCGAAGUCAGGGUCACUUUUCUGAGUUUGUCCUUCCUUGAUAUCUUGGUGAAACGCAGCAAGCGUGCUGGAGAGACAGAUAUCUUUUCCAGGCUAAUAAAGAAGUUAGACAGCUGUCCUCCACCCAGUUGGCAAAAUCCGAAACUGUGUCCUUAUGCUGGCCGGAGCUAUGACACCUUAUAUGUCCUGGGAGGAAAGCAUGACAAGGAACAGCAAGAAUUAUUUCUCUUUCAACCUAAAACAGGGACCUGGCAGGCUUGUUCUCCACUGCAGCGCAGGAACCUCACCCAGUAUGCAGUGGCAGCAGUAGGGAGCUUCCUUUUUGUGACAGGAGGAUAUUUCCGGGAUGAAUUUGUAUGGUACAGUGUGGAUUGGGUACUCAUCUACAACUGCUUGGACAAUUGCUGGCUGGAAGGGCCAGCCAUGAAAAAGUCCCGCAAUAGCCACUGUGCAGUUGGAGUAGGGCUCUACUUGUAUGUUCUCGGAGGGAGCACAGAUGAAGGGAUAAUCCCAGCAGUGGAGCGCAUGGCUUUGAUGGAGUCAGAGUGGGAAAGCAUGAGUCCUAUGGCUCAGCCUGUGGAGAGGGGCGACGCGGUCAGUGUGGGAACCAGGAUCUAUGUGGUCUGUGGCCUGGAUGAGAAUGGACACGUGUAUGAUGGAGUGCAAAGGCUGAACACAGAGACAGACAGCUGGGAUGUCAUCUCGUUCUCCCCUCUUCCAAGGUAUGACCUCUGCAUCACGUCCCUGAAUGGGGCUCUGUACACUGUAGGAGGGGAAGCUUUUCGAUUUGAUGUGGAGACAGAUGAAUGGACCCAGGUGAAUGAGGAAUGCUUGACCCAGAAGUUCUUCAUGGGAUGCAGCACCGUGAAUGGACAAAUUUAUCUCCUUGGACAGAGGAAGGGAAACAGUGCUCUCCCCAUUGUGGUUCUCUUUGAUCCCUACACUGAUGUGUGCCAGGUCAUAGAUAACAAACUCCCUUGCCCCCUUCCUGUUCAUGGCUGUGUCUCUGUGCGAAGAUUUGAUACGUGGGCAUAAGAGUGGAAGAUCAUGUGCUUUACAGCUGAAGGGAGUUAGAUUGCAUCAAUUUGGCCUGUGACAUUUAAAAAAUUUUGCUCCUUUGUAAUUUUACCUUUUUUUUUCUACUUGACAAAUGAACUUGAAGCAAAAGCCAGUGCAAACUUUGUGUGCAUAAAGGCUGCAGGUCAUUAUUGAAAAUAGUGAUUGAUAUUGUUAUGGUAUAUAAACUCCUUAGGGUUGAUGCUCAGUAAAGGGCUGUUCUGACCUUUAACCUUUGUCUCUCUGUCCUUUGAACAGCUGGAAAAUCACUGCCUCAUUGUUAGACAAUAUCACAGGACUUAAAUAAUCAAAUGAGUGUCAAGGAAAUCUUCAGCAGGAUUAUAACCCAUAGUACUGUAGACAGAGCAAAACCCAAACAGCAUUGCUGUCAAGCCAUACUUAAUAUCAGUACCAUUUUAACCUGAAAUAAGCAAGUUUCACAGGUUAAUUAUGGCUAAAAUUAUCUUUAUUCAAGGCCGAAGAGCACCACAGAAAGAGGGCGACUCUUCUGGAUUUAUGGAUUCAGGUAUGUGCACAUUUGCACAAUGAGUCUUAAGAAUCUGGCUUCAGUUUCCUUAGUCGUCUUUGGGUUCACGGCUGCAGAGACUCAGAAUAAAAAUGCCCAUCCCAAAGCACUGAAACGAGGGUGCAAGGAGCAGGGUCCUGCACAUGGCUGUAAUUAAAGACUGUUUAGGAGGAAGAGCAUGUCCUGGGCAGAACUAUGGCCUUAUGGCAGUACGGAUUGAUCUCCAAGGGCACUCAGGCCUCCCAAGUGUGGAGUGGGAGGGAGUGACUGCCCCGCUGGCACAAAGGAAGCGAGCUGGGAGGCUGCACUGCAAGCAUUGCUGUCAUCUGUGCUGUCAGCCUGUUCUCUGAUGUGACACAGCAAGAGAGCUCCUGAGCUGAAUGAUUAACAUCUCCAGAGAAGGGGAGAGGCCUUAAAAACUGAGAGGUGUUGGUGAAAAGCAACCCUGCCACUGUGACAGCUCUGUCAGGACAGCAAGCCAGCAGACAUGGAGCCCUCUAGGUCUGGUUUGGCUUCCUCUCCUUGCCAGCUCCCCACCAGAGCUGGGAGUCCCAUGAUGGGGCUGCAGCAGCCAAGCCUGGGCCUGUUCUCUGGGCCCAGAGGCCCUUGUGCCCUGGAGACUGUGUAAGUCUUUUGAAUUAUGAAAUUCUCAUGUAUCAUUUGGGGCUUUAAAAGAAAGCAUCAUACUUGAUGGGACAAGGUACAUUAAUUCAUGGGCGAACCCUUACCCAGGGAUCCCAGUGAAGGGUCUUUCACCUCACCUAGGGGCAGCUAGUGGGGGUGAGGUGACAUCCUGCUCAAGGCUGAUGUUCCACAGAGAGAGGGUGGCUGCCUGCCUUCCAGCAUUGCAGCCUGGAGACCCAAAUUCCAGAGUCCUUCAAGGGAAAGCUGGUUCAGCGUUUGAGUUAUGUGAUGUCAGGUUGCCAGCAAGGUUCAAAGAUUUUCCUACUGACAUAUGAUCUGCUAGUGUAAAAAGAUUUCAUACAAAGUGUACAUAAAACAGACCCCUUUUUUGUGUAAUUAAUUUUUUACAUUUACUUAAAAUUUUUUGUUGUACUAUAAUUCUGAAAAUUAGAACUUAUGCAAGAAAUUACAAGGUGAAGCAUCAUCCAAUUCCUAAACUGUCCAGGUAAAAUGAUAGUGUUGUAAUGCUCCUACUUUGCAAUUUUAAAAAUGAAAUCUCAACAAAAUUAAUACAUCCAUAUAGAAAGCUUCCAUUUAUUAUGUAUAAUUUCUGGUGGAAGAGUGUGCAUUUGGAAGAAUUCAGUUCCUUUCAAUUUUAGGAGACUUUUCCCUGAGUGGACAUUCAGUAAGCAAAAUCUUUUAGACAUUAGAGCUAUUUUGAAUAAUUCAUACAGCAAAUACAGCUUGUAUCAUUUGGCCAGGCCUUAGCUGCAGAAAUGGUUUAUCCCAGAGCCUGACCAUUUUAUACUUCCCAAGUGAAAGCUUAUUUGCCAUUUAAACCAGUGCCUGUCACAUGCAAGUCCUUUCAUGGGGUGGCUGGCAAUGAAUGCCACUGUCUUUUGAAACUGCAGAUUGGUUAAAUCUUCCCCAUUUUAGUUUAUUAUCUCAUGAACCUUUUGGGAAGGCUUUGAGAUAAUCACAGAUAGAAGUCAUAACUUCAGCAGCUUGUUCCACCCAUCGUCUCUUUAUACAGUGGGUCUUUAGCUGGUAUACUCUUUUCUUCCUGGGUUAAUGAUUAUAGAGUAGUAAUAAAAGAAUAAUGCUAACAAAAUAAUUCUAGGAAACAGCUCCUGAAGUGACUUAACUGCCUAUAGAUGUGAUGAAAUCACCACCUAGGCCUCAGGCACACUGCAGUGGAGCCCUGUCCAGCCUCUCCCCCAGCUCCUGUUCAGCCUUCCUGCAUUCCAAAGACUGCCUGGAUCCUGGUGUUUUGCAGCAAGCCCUGUGUUUUUCUUUGUUCUUUGCCAGAUCCUCUCCUUGCUCUUGUCACUCUCUUUGGUGUCACUUCUGACAUCUUGUCUAUUCUGAAGAAAAGAAAGUUUAAAUUGUAUUUGAGAAGACUAGUCCUCUAUUCAUUCACAGUUCUCGGGGCUUAACCUAUCUAAAAUAAAAGUAAGAGGGUGAUCAUGUUAUUAAA